AAGUCGGGGGAGCAGCCAGUCAAAGCCAGCCAGCAUCUGAGCGGAGCCAGCGGAGGAACUGGAGCAACGGCGGACGACAGCUCGCCCUGGCUGAAAUCCGACAGAAUUCCAAUUGGUGAAACCGCAGACGGUGCGAGCGGCGGAAUAGUCGUCGACAUGAACGUGAAGGUCUUCCAUUUGGGCUCGGGAAGCUGAAGCAUAUUGCAGCCCGGUCACAUUACGUUUUCGUUGGGAUAAGCCAUCUGUGAUACACUGGGUGUGCACAGCGCGAGCCAACCGGUUAUUGCAUCGACGGCUAGCUCAUAUUAACCCAGCUAGCCAACCAUUUUCAAGCGCCCUGUUAGCUUGCGGUGAAGGGAGCAUCUUGGUCGGCGGAUGCUGCUGCUGAAGGAGUCCGUUAUCUUCCGAGACCAAGCAGUGAGAUACACACCCAAAGCAUGCAAAAAGAGGUAUUUUUCUGUCAACUAGCGAGGAAAUAUCCACGCCCUGUAGUCUGGUCUCUGGUUACUGUUUAGCUAGCUGACUGGCUAGCCUGCCUACCGGGGAGAGUAGCUGAGGAGAAGGUGGGGCCGCGGAGUGACAGCUUGGACGCUAGCUAAUGUGGCUAGCAGGCUAACUUGGACUGUUGGCUGCCCACUGGUUUUUCUCUAACUGACUUCAGGGGGGCUUAAAUUACCAGGUGUCUGCAGUCUGCCACAGUAGCACCCCAGAUAAGCAAAGAAAAUCCACUGCCAUUGAUUUCUUUCCAAAAAACCCGUGUGGGUGGGAUAUCUUGUGGAGAGCAUCCUCUGUUACCUGUAGACCAUGGCGGACGACGACGUGCUGUUCGAGGAUGUCUACGAGCUGUGCGAGGUGAUUGGCAAGGGUCCCUUCAGUGUGGUGAGACGCUGCAUCAACAGGGAUACCGGCCAGCAGUUUGCUGUGAAGAUCGUAGAUGUGGCGAGCUUCACCUCAAGCCCUGGCCUCAGCACAGAAGACCUGAAGCGAGAGGCCAGUAUCUGCCACAUGCUGAAACACCCCCACAUUGUGGAGCUUCUGGAGACCUACAGCUCUGAUGGCAUGCUCUACAUGGUCUUCGAAUUUAUGGAUGGAGCAGACUUGUGUUUCGAAAUCGUGAAGAGAGCCGACGCCGGGUUUGUCUACAGCGAAGCAGUGGCCAGCCACUACAUGAGGCAGAUUUUAGAGGCACUCCGGUACUGCCAUGACAACAAUGUGAUUCAUCGCGAUGUAAAGCCUCACUGCGUGCUGUUGGCAUCAAAGGAGAACUCUGCUCCAGUCAAGCUGGGAGGUUUUGGAGUAGCAAUACAGCUGGGAGAAUCUGGUCUAGUUGCUGGAGGUCGAGUUGGCACUCCCCACUUCAUGGCCCCAGAAGUGGUGAAGAGGGAGCCAUACGGUAAACCUGUGGAUGUGUGGGGAUGCGGAGUUAUCCUUUUUAUCCUGUUAUCUGGCUGCCUGCCUUUUUACGGCACCAAGGAGCGUCUGUUCGAGGCCAUCAUUAAGGGGAAAUACAAGGUAAUGAAUCCCCGCCAGUGGGCCCACAUUUCUGAGAGCGCCAAGGACCUGGUAAGACGCAUGCUGAUGCUGGACCCCGCCGAGAGAAUCACUGUCUAUGAGGCUCUGAACCACCCCUGGCUGAAGGAGAGGGACAGAUACGCCUACAAGAUCCACCUGCCAGAAACGGUAGAGCAGCUGAGGAAAUUCAACGCUCGGAGGAAGCUGAAGGGUGCUGUGCUGGCUGCCGUAUCAAGCCACAAGUUUAAUUCUUACUAUGGUGACCCUCCUGAGGAGCUACAUGAUUUUACAGACGAUCCCACGUCUUCAGGACUGCUAGCUGCUGAAACAGGGGCAGUAUCACAGGUUUUGGACAGUCUAGAGGAGAUUCAUGCGUUGACAGACUGCAGUGAGAAAGACAUGGACUUUCUCCACAGUGUCUUCCAGGACCAACACCUCCACACCCUGUUAGAUCUCUAUGACAAAAUCAACACCAGGUCGUCUCCUCAGAUCCGAAAUCCCCCUAGUGAUGGAGUGCAGAGGGCCAAAGAGGUGCUGGAAACCAUUUCAUGUUACCCAGAAAACAUGGAGGCCAAGGAGCUCAGGAGGAUCCUCACACAGCCACACUUCAUGGCUCUGCUGCAGACCCACGAUGUGGUGGCCCAUGAAGUGUACAGUGACGAGGCACUAAGGGUGACACCCCCACCCACUUCACCAUACCUGAACGGAGACUCCCCUGAUAGCACAAACGGAGACAUGGACUUGGAGAAUGUCACCAGAGUCCGCCUGGUCCAGUUUCAGAAGAACACUGAUGAGCCCAUGGGCAUUACUCUCAAAAUGAAUGACCUCAACCACUGUAUUGUGGCACGCAUAAUGCACGGUGGAAUGAUUCAUCGACAAGGGACUCUGCAUGUAGGAGAUGAGAUCCGUGAGAUUAAUGGCAUUAGCGUUGCCAAUCAGACGGUAGAACAACUCCAAAAGAUGCUGAGGGAGAUGAGGGGUAGCAUCACCUUUAAGAUUGUACCCAGUUACCGGUCCCAAUCAAUGUCUUGUGAGAAAGAGUCACCAGACGUAUCCCGACAGUCCCCUGCAAACGGUCAUGCCAGCGUAACCAGCUCUAUCCUGGAUCUGCCAUCGACGAUUCAGCCCAAAGGACGCCAGAUCUCCAGACCUGCUAUCAAGGACAAAUUGUCCAUCAAGAUUUAUGUACGCGCUCAGUUUGAGUACGAUCCAUCAAAGGACGACCUCAUCCCAUGUAAAGAGGCGGGCAUUCGCUUCCGGGUGGGAGACAUCAUUCAGAUCAUCUCCAAGGACGACCACAACUGGUGGCAGGGAAAGCUGGAGAAUACCAAAAAUGGCACUGCAGGCCUGAUCCCCUCACCUGAGCUGCAGGAGUGGCGUGUGGCCUGUAUAGCGAUGGAGAAAACCAAACAGGAGCAGCAGGCCAGUUGUACCUGGUUUGGCAAGAAAAAGAAACAGUACAAAGACAAAUAUCUGGCCAAGCACAAUGCAGUAUUUGACCAAUUAGAUCUGGUCACGUAUGAAGAAGUCGUCAAGCUGCCGUCAUUCAAGAGGAAAACGCUGGUUUUACUUGGUGCACACGGAGUUGGUAGGAGGCACAUCAAGAACACGCUCAUCACCAAACAUCCUGACCGCUUCGCCUACCCCAUCCCUCACACGACUCGACCUCCGAAGAAGGACGAGGAGAACGGAAAGAACUACUAUUUUGUGUCUCACGACCAGAUGAUGCAGGACAUCAGUAACAAUGACUACCUGGAGUACGGCAGUCACGAGGACGCCAUGUACGGAACCAGACUGGAGACUAUCAGGCAGAUCCAUGCUCAGGGCAUGAUCUCCAUCCUUGAUGUUGAGCCACAGGUAACAAAGGCUCUAAAGAUCCUCAGGACAGCUGAGUUUGCUCCUUAUGUCGUCUUCAUCGCAGCCCCGACCAUCACCCCGGGCAUGACUGAGGUUCCAAAGUGGUGCAGAAAACUACCUGACGAUUCCCUGCAGCGACUCCAGAAGGAAUCGGAGAUGCUGCAGACCACCUACGCCCACUACUUCGACCAGACCAUCAUCAACAACGAGAUCGACGACACCAUCCGCCUGCUGGAGGAGGCCGUGGACCUGGUGUCCACCACCGCCCAGUGGGUCCCCGUCUCCUGGGUCUACUGACACACACUCCAACGGCACUGUAGUUCAUUCAACGCGAACAAUCCAUCACCUCUGAUCCAACGUGGAUGCUAAACUCUGAAUCAGAACCCCUCGAACCGCACUGCUCGCACCAGAACCACAAAUUUCUGUAGAUAAACUGUUGUAGAAAAGGGGAAAAACGAAGAAACUAAUGACUCUGACGACAGAGACUUCGACCUGCCCCUCUUUUUCUCAACAGCCUCAAAGGCAUAUUCCUGUGUACAUAUAUACAUAUAUAUAAAUAUAUAUAUAAAUGAUACAAAAUGAAGUGAAUAUGGUUCUGUCCUUAUGUAGUUAAAGGGUGGGGAACAGAGGGGCAGUGUGGUAGAUAUUUUGUACUUCUUUGUUUUUUUUAAUUGAUGGAUGGGUGGUAAUAUUGGAAAGGCAAUAGUGAGCAUGACCAUAAAGCAGUCUUAUGUGGGUGCCUGUGUGUGUGUAGACCUGUUCAGGCACUUGUUGUGGUACUCUGUGUCCCCCUCACCCCGCCAUCCUCUAAUCUCCUCGGCCCCUGUGACAAACAAGCCGAACUUUGAAGCACAUUAGAAGCUGCUACAGUGGCGACAAGUAACUCCCUCAGCUCCAAAAAAAAAAAAAAAAAAAAAAAAAAAAAAUACAAGUUUGAGCGAAGCAAAAAGCACAGGAAACUUAGCAGUUUCGUGUCCCCUCAUCUGUCCCUCCCAAAUGCCCUUUAUUUAUUUUUAUUUUUAUUUUUUGCCUCUGUGUCUGUUGAAGGAGCAUGCAGCAUUAUCGCUGUGCUGCUGCUGGAUCCUGUGGUACUUUCUUUCCCUUUUUUCCCCUUUUUCCUUUCCCUCCCCGACCUACGACCUCCAACGGUCUUUGUUUACAUCUCAGUUUUUGCACAAAAAUGGACAACGAAGACGACGACGUGUACUGCAUCCGGUCAUCUCAGUUUUCAGUCUGUCUUGCCUUCCUUCUCUCUGGCUGUCUCUCCCUCUCCUCUGUACAUGAAAUCAGCGGGGGAAGGACAAAAAACAGAAAAAAAAAAAAAAAAAAAAAGCUCUGAAAAGCACUGACAUCCACCGCUAAACAUGGCUCCUGGACGGAAAGAAGGAAAAAUAAAUAAACUGCCUUAUCGGAGCCUUAUUGGGGGAAGGAGUCGCUAACACCUAUGCACACCCCUGGUUCCUUCCGGGCAGACGCGACAGCCAUUUUCUUCUUUCCUCACACAAAUAGGGAGUCGUGAUUGUUAAAAAUAAUGUUUGUAGGACGAGGGGGGGGGGCGUCAUGUAGGUGGGAUAAAGCUAAUCGUAGAGCCACUGUUUUGGAGCUGUUAACUGUUGUCUUUAAAAAUAUAAGGAGUAUUCUUGUUUUGAGGGAGAGAAAAAUAACUAAAUUUUGUGUGUAAAUGUUUCAAUGGUGCGUACGUCAUACGAGUGAAUUUACCAAGAGCCAGUGUAUAUUAACCCUUAAAAGAAGCUCAGUAUGUGACAUAAUCUCUUCACGCUUUGCCAGAAGUGGCCGACGCUGCCUCACCUUCGGUUUCAAAGAAAGAAA